AUGGCAGCGGCUCGAUUUAUACGUUUUUUCAGUCGACGACAAACUAAAAAUCAUCCAACAACAUUAAACGACGAAAAUACUCCUCAGACAAAUUCAAAAUUUCUUCCUAAUUUAUUAAACUCCAAUGGAAAAAUUCAUUCUAUUAACAAACAUCAACAAACAAUACCAAUUAAAAAUGGUCUUGUCUGUACGGUUGUUUUUCUAGAUGGUGAUGAUGUGAAUUUUGAAGUAGAUCGAAAAGCUGUUGGUAAACUUCUUUAUGAUAAAGUUAUUACACAUACUAAAUUAGUGGAAGCAGAUUAUUUUGGUUUACAAUUUACUGAUACACAUAAUGUUAAACAAUGGCUUGAUCCUACUAAAUCUAUUAAAAAACAAUGCAAGAUUGGACCACCGUAUACAUUUCGAUUUCGCGUCAAAUUUUAUACAUCCGAUCCACAAAAUUUACAUGAAGAGUUAACAAGAUAUUUAUUUGUAUUACAACUUAAAGAUGAUAUAAGGACGGGAAAAUUAGAUUGUCCAUCUGGUCCAGAUGUUGAAUUAGCUGCAUUAUCUAUGCAAGCUGAACUAGGUGAUUAUACAAGUGAUGAACAUACUGUUGAAACAAUAUCGGAAUUUCGUUUUUUACCUGAUAAAAUACAAACAGAAGAGUUAGAAGAACAAAUCCUACAAAAAUGGUCUACAUACAAAGGUUUAACACCGGCUGAUUGUGAAAUUCAAUAUUUAAAUAAAGCACGAUGGUUAGAAAUGUAUGGUGUUGAUUUACAUACAGUUAUGGGUAAAGAUGGUUUAGAAUAUAAACUUGGUUUAACUCCAACGGGUAUUCUUGUUUUUGAAAAUAAAAUCAAAAUUGGUUUAUUUGUUUGGGCAAAAGUAACACGAAUUGAUUUCAAUCGUAAUAAAUUAACAAUAGUUGUUGUGGAAGAUGAUGAUAAUGAUCCAACAUUACAACGUGAUUUUGUAUUUCUAUUUCGUUGUUAUGAUGAAAAACAAUGUAAACAUUUUUGGAAAUGUGCUAUGGAAUAUCAUAUAUUUUUUCGUACAACAUCAGCUGCGAAAGUAAAACAAGGUGCAAGAUCAAAUUUUGCACGUACUGGUUCAAGAUUCCGAUUUAGUGGACGAACUGAAUGUCAAGCAGCGACAUUAGGAAAUUUAACUCGUCGUAGUAUGAAUUUUGAACGUAAAGCUUCUCAACGUUUUUCACGUCGUGCAUCGUAUGCAAUAAGAAAAAAAAUUCAAGAACAAGAGAUUUUACGUGAACAAGAAGAUGAACGUUUAAAAAAAUUAAAAUCUGAACAAGAAGCAAAAUUAGAUGAAACAAAAAAAUCACCAGAAAAAAAUCAAGAUUCAAUAGCAAAUCAUAAACGUUCAUCAUCACAAAAAGUUCUAAAUCUAUCACCUACUCAACGUCUUGAUAAUCUUAUUCAAGCUUCGACGAAUGAUUUAAUAUCCGAAGACAUUGAAUCCAAGAAGAAUGGAAUAAAUAUUCCUCGUCCUCCUCCAAUACCUCCUCGACAAACAAAAUCUGAUGAUAAAACGACAACAACACCUCCGCCGCCGCCACCACCACCAUCAUUACUUCUUAAUAAGCAAUCAAAUAUAAUAAUUUCCUCUUCAAAUGAUCAUAAUAAUGUCAAUAUAGCUAAAGAACCAUUAAAUGAUAACAAUGAUCAACCGUUAUUAAUUCAAAUAUCACCACAGAAAACAUUAUCUAAUGGACAUAUUUCUCCAUCUAUUGGCAAAGUGAACAGUCCAACUACUCGAUAUACAUUAGCUAAUAGUCAAUCACCUUAUGUUCUCAAGGAAACAUUCUUUUACACAGAAUCAACAACAGUAAAUCCAAAUUCGAUACAUAAUCAAAAUACUUCAAAUUCCCCUGCACCUGUCAUUGUAACGCGAACAUUAAGUACAUCAAAUGUUCGAAAUGCAUCGUCAACUAUAGUUCAAACAACACCUACAAAUUCUCAAAUAUCAUCAUCUAUACAAAUACCACAUCUUCAUCCACGUACAUCAAAUCGUAAUACAUCAUCACCAUCAGUUGGUAUUACUCCGACAUAUCACCCAAUAACAACAGAAUUAUAA